AUGCAACGGUUGGUACUACGUUUAUGGCCAGGCGAGGCUCCCGCUUCCGGCUGCAUUAGCUGCCAGGGAGAUGGCCGAGACCAAGCCACCUACUGGCUCCUCAUAUGGUUGAGGACUUGCAUCUUGGCUAAUUUUCUGGGGCGAUGCGCGAAGCUCGCGUGGACCGUGUUCGUGCUGAUGGUGCGGAGACAACUGGAGGCGAAGAGGAGGGCGCGCCCCGGCCCACCCGCACCGGUGUUGGGAGACGAUGACGAGGAGGGGGCCCCGCCAAAUGUCGCCGAACCGGCAGCACCGGUCCUGCCGCCGCCGCAGGGAACGGAGAACGUUCCUAACGCCGCGGGUGAAGCUGCGGGAACCGGCCCCGAGGUGGAACCGCCGGCCAUCGUCGCCGCAGCGGUCUCCGGUUCCGCCCUUCUUCUCAGCCUCAGGCCUCCUCCUCCAUUGCCGCGUAGGAGCAUCAGCGCCCCCGAGCGGCUUAUCUCCUGGCCCGCUGUUAUUGCCGCCGAGAAUGCCAUCCCCGGAGAUGUCAGCCCUGCGUCGGCUGCGUCGAGGGUAAGGGCCAAUAGCAUCGGGUAUCUCUAG